CUAUUCAGGAGGAUUCGAAGGAGAAGGUGACAGAGGUACAGGAGCUGUUAAAACUGAGGGCAUUUGUUCUAAGAGUCGCGGAAGAAGAAGGUUGGAAAGUGGCGGCAAAGAUACCAAAACCAACCCCUAGUGAAACUGAUGAAUUUAGGGAAUUACUAACUGAAGCAAGGAAACAAGCUAAACCUUCUGAAGGAUUUCCCGCAUCCUAUAGUAGAGGAACCUGGAGAAGUAGAGGCAGUUCGUGGUCUCCCGGGCCAAGACAAAAUUAUUAUACACCCUACCCGUUACCAUACUCACAACCACAGCCUUAUGUCCAGCACCCACCGCCUAUAUCAGCAACAAAGCAGUUUAACUGCUAUUUUUGUGGUGGCACUGGUCAUACAGCAGCAGUAUAUCCAUCAAAAUCGGCAGAGGAGCAGGGAGGUUGUAGAAAAAAUACACGAGCCAGCAGCCGUGAGAUAUUGGAUGGAAAAGAUAGGACCCCCGCCAGUAGUAGCUUGCUGGUUAAGGAACUUAAUGCCCCUUUUCCAAGGAAUGUAUGGAGCCUCGUCGAAAAAGGGGAUCCAAAAUCCUACAAACUAAUGGCAGAACAAAAGGUAUGGUUGGAGGAGGAGUUAAAUCGGUUAGAAAGGCUAGGUGAUCGUGCCACAACAAAAGCUAAAAGAGACAAAAGCUUGUUUGAGAACAUUGUUGGAAAUAAAUUGGGUAACAGCCAGACAGUUGGCAAGG